AUGGUGUUCGAGCGGUUGUUGGCGGACCAACUGAACGCGAGGCUCGGGCGCGUGCUCGAGGGCGUCGAUCGCGACGACGUGCGCGUGGGCGUGCUGAACGGAGACGUGCGGAUACGGCGGGUGCGGGUGCGGGCGUCGGCGCUGACGAAGAUAUUGGACGAGCCGAGCGCGCGGGUGCGGUGCGGAUUCGUGGACGAGCUGCGCGUGCGCGUGCCGUGGAGGAACUUGGGGAAGGAGGCGGUGCGAGUGACGUUUCACGGGGUGUACGUCGUGGGGGAGAUCGAUGUGAACGGAGACGACGAGGCGCGGGAGAGCGAGGAGGAGCGGAGGGAGAGACAGCGGGUGAAGGCGUUGAGGACGGCGCGCAGGGCGGCGGACGCGGCGGAGCGGGCGUGGUUGAAGUGGAAUCCGGCGGUGAACGCGGAGGCUUUGGAGGCGGAGGACGGCAGGGAGAGCGCGCAGGAUGGGGUGAGGAAGAGGAGCGCGAUCGCUGGGCUCAUCGACGUCGCCCUGGCGAACGUUCUGAUUGAAAUUUCAAACGUGCACGUCAGAAUCGAGGGCGAGUACGGAGCGGGCGUUCCGUGGGGAAUGGGACUCGUGCUCGAACGCGUGUCGCUGACGACCGUUGGAGAAGAUUUCGAAAAUGACUUCAAAGUCGGCGGUUUCGCCGACAGUUUACGAAAGAUGAUUGCGUUAGAGCGCGUCGGCGUGUACGCCGAUUUCAAUUCGCCGUCAGUCGCGUCAGAGACGCCGGACGGUUGGCGAGGCAUCCGCGAAGACCAAUUCGUGCGGCAAAUGUCCGCGGUCUUCAAUACCGAGGUUGGCGAGCGCAUGAAAGAAGGCACCAGCGGCGAUGUCGUGAUACCGCAAUCGUACGUAUUCGGACCGUUACGAGGAACGGCGACGUACGCGAGAAGAGGUCACGCCGAGGACACCAACACGCCGCUGCAUCAAUUACGGAUGGAUAUAAAUUCUAUUCAAAUCAGCAUCAAGUCAACGCAGCUUAAGGUGUUUUACAACAUGUACUCCAAUUUACGCACCAGUCGCGUGCGGUACACGUAUGCGCAUAUACGCCCAAGGGUCGGCGUCAAAGGAAAUGCGCGUUUAUGGUGGCGUUUCGCGGGCGCCGGCGUUCAGAUGCACGUCGACGAAAUACGUAAACGGCGUGGAUUGGACUUUAAAUCUAGUGUUAGCGCUAUGGUGCGCAUAACUGAGGCUCGCCAGCGUUAUAUUCCUUUAUACGUCAAGCAUUUGCGCUCUGCACCGCCACCUCCAGAGUGUCUAAUCGCCGAACGCGCCGAGCGACGCAAUAAGCUUUGGCCACCUAAACUGAAGAUUGGGAUGUCGACAGAAAUUGAUGAAAUCGAAGAAGGUAUUCCCCUGCAGAGUAUUAUUACUUUCCGAACGCUGGCGCACGUAGAAUACCGGGAGUCUGGCGGGGUGAAAGCGGCGGUAGCGAGAGAACGAGCGGCUCGCUUUGGCAAACGUCGCGUCGUCAGAGCAGUCGUCGGUCUCGCGGGCGGUGGUGCGAAGAACACGGCAAAGGUAUUGAAAGGGCUGUCGGCGCCGAUUCGUGGUCUUGCUCGAGCAGUUAACAAACGCGACUCGACAGCAUUAUUAGUCGAGAGGCAAAAGCGUUUGCGAAAGUCGCAACCGGAAGAAGAUGAUGAUUCAAACUGGCGAGAAAGUCUAGAGAAUACGGUGCAAUUGAGCCAGCGAAUGGUGGCUCUAGAAGAAGAAGCCGUGCACUCUUCGGUUGAGCUAUCCGGAGUGGUGAAUGUUGAAAAAGUAUUAGUUUGCAUGGUUGAUGACGAGGUUGACAAUCCAAUCGGUGAGCAGGAGAUUUUUAGAAUAGGUGUCCAUGAAGUCAGUUUGGGAACGCUGCGAGGUUCUGGACGACGAGAACAACGCGUUUCUAUCCGCCGAUUGGCGAUCGUAAGCCCGGAAGGGACACUACUCGAUUCCAGUAAGACCACUGAUAAUGAAGAGAGAGCGACCUCUCUCGAUCGUUCACAAGUUGCGUUAUGGGACAAGGCGUCCGAGUGUAACGCGGUGCAAUUGCAAAUAGUCAAAGGCGAUGUCGAGACAGAAGAAGAUAUCUUCAUAAAGUUUCAGAUGAGGCAGUCGAUCGUGCACUUAUUGCGAGAGCCUUUAGAUAGAGUGGCGCGAGUGGCUGUGCGACACAAAGUGACGACGGCAUAUCUCGAAUCUUUCAUUUACGACGAUGAAGCGAAACAGCGCAAUCACACACACUCCAUCGAAAAGCAGGCAGAUGAGUUCAAAAUCAGACCAAGAGUGCGAUUAGACGCGCGAGUUCACGGUCCCGUGAUUAUUUUGGAUGGCGACGGCGUAAACUUACGCAUAGACCUUGGUACAACGGUAAUUGAGUCUAUGACGCCAGUUUCAGCUGGCAUCGAGAGCUCACUAGCAAAAGAACACAAUGUUUUCUCAUUUCAAUGCACAGGAUUCCAAGUCGGAUUUAUCGACGAUGAAUGGGAUACGAAUUCGAACCGACCUGUGGAAGAUGAACAGAUAAUACUUCCGCUGUUGAGUGCACCGUCGUCAAACACCGUCGUGAUUCAAAAUUUGAAUGCCGCAUCCGAUGCGCCGAAUCUCAAGGUGCACUCAAAGUUCAGCGCCAUUGAUAUUUCGGUUUCUCCUGUGCGAGUGUUUAAGAUCCGUUCUUUGGUCAAGGCAUUGAAGCCAACAACGUCCAUAAGUGAGGAACACGUCGCCGCGGUUGUCACCGAAAACGAGGUCCGAGUGCUGCUGCUGCAAUUGGAUGAAAGCGGCGAAGUGUGUUGGAUACCGGCGACGAUAUCGUUGCAAAACAAUAGUUCUAUGGAUAUUAGAACGAUUAAUGGGCUCAAAAGUCGAACAAUUCACAUCAACCUCAUGGAAAGCAACGGGGCGAGCAAAUUGCGAAGUGACAUUUGCGCGAAACUCUCCUUGCACAAGGACGUACUCACUAUCGGUGAAACUGUGCAUUCUUUGGACGAGUUAAUGAUUUCAGCUAUGUCGGAUGAUAGUCUCAGCGUGAUGUUUGAUAUUGACGAUGAUGAUGCGAGAUCUCGCGACACGGUCCUGUUCGAUGCAUGGUACGCACGGAUUAACGGCGUCGCUCGCGAAAAUAUCACUAGGCUGACAAAUGCUGCAAAGAACGGCAAGCUGUCGAAGACUCAAGUGAUUUUAAGUGUCGGCGCCGAAAAGCUGUCUGUUCAUGUUUUUGCACCUCUCAAAGCACAUCCAUCCGAAGAUGAUUCCGCUGUGAUAAAUGACGAAUCAGAUUCUGAACGAGCGCUCGCAAGCCUUUGUUUCGACGAGCUCAACUACGACUCGUCGUUGGCUCGUACCGUGAAAGUCCAUCAUAUAAAAGCAAACUCACUCGUUUUGUACGACAGAUAUGCAAGUGAAGGUCUUGGACGCGAGUGCAUCGCCGGAAUUGGAGGACAGGGCUCCGGUCAACCCCUACUUACAGUCACGGUCGCCGUUCGCCAUCAGAGCGAUCCCCAAUAUUGCGGAUUGGACAAGCUGAUCGAAGUCGACAUUCACAAAGAGUUAGUGAUGAAUAUUCGUCGGCCCACGCUCCUUGCAUUGAUCUCGUUGAGAUUCAGACUGCGUCCACCCGGUUUCAAGAUUAUUAAGAUCAUGCCUGAUGUAUCGUCGCGCAUCAUGAUUUCUGGCAAGCUCGUAAAACGGAUCAAACGCGAGAUACGCGUGAACGUUGCGGCAGUGACUGCGAAUGGCUUUUAUGAUCACGACAAAGAGAUGGAUGUUCCUGUGCUAGUGUUGCGUGCCGAAGAUUCGUAUUGGAGCACCAUUAUCAGUCCUCCAACACGUGAAACAAGCGUAAGCGUUGGCACCAUAAAACUUGCGACGGGACAGAUGCAAGCUCGGGGCGCUUGGAAUCUACAACCUUCACCCGAGUCGAGCUCAAACAUCAUACUUUUACGUAAUGACGUGUACGACAGAGGAGAAGAAUUAGACGGGGCCGAUGUGUCGUGGGAGAUCGAGCUCGGAAAUUUGGACAUAGUUAUGACUCCUGAGAUGAAGGAAAUUGGAUCGUGGUUCGCAUUCUUUCGUCAAAUAAGACCUGAUCAUAUUGAAAAGUACGUCCACCCAUGUGCACGACCUCGAGCUGGAUUUCAAGUGCUCAAAUCCCGUCUCUUGAUCAAGAUGGACGAUCAAAGGAUCACCUUGCCCGUCGCCCUCAGCGAGGGCGAGUCAAAUCACGACGUCGUCAUCAACUCAGGAUGUGUAGAAAUCACCAGAUCAUUUUCUUCGAAAGCAAUCAAUGAAGCGCAUUCAAUAUUUUGGCAAACAACGGCAUUGAGCGUGUCAGAGUUUGAAGUAAGUGUCAUCUCAUUUGCGGAGAAGCGGAGAGAAAGCGUUUCUAAAAUUACGCAGAAGCCGUUUGGUGUGAAAUUGUCUUUGCGGAAGAGAAUUGACAGUGGCCCCGCAAUCGUGAAUGAACUCGAUGAUAAGAACAAAAUCAGAGUGCAGCCUAUUUUCCUCGACUUAUCCGGUAGCGAAUUUCGAUGUAUCCACGAUUCCAUCAAGAACAUUCAGUUGAGUAAAGUUCGGCCGAACGUCAAAGUGGAAAAUCCUAUCAGAUGGGGUAGCGUCGGACCGCUCCCUGUUUCAGACGUGCUCGCGCCGGCAUCGUUGAAGUCGAUGGAAUUGAGCGUUAUUCUGAGCAGCGCAAAACUCCGCGUCUUCCGGCUACCGAUGCAAAGUCGUCCCCUCUCAACGAUAAAGGUAGUUGGCGUCGACGUGUUUGUCGUAAAAAACUUGAAUCGCAAGUCUGGAAUCAAUCUCGACGCUACCGUGGAUAUGAUUGGCGUCGACGAUAAUUCUCGACAAUCCCAGAACCUUAAAGUCAAGCACGUUCUCUAUGCGGGUUCUCCGAAAUUACCAUUGCUUCAUUUGACGCUCGGUGUGAAUGAUGACAGCACGCGCCUGCGAAUUUCGCUACAGCAUGUAGAAGUAUUGCUGCGUGUGGGAAUCAUUUUGGAUACCAUACGGACUUUCGCACCUCGAAAAUUUGGAGGGGUCUUUUUAGCCAGUACGAUUCUUCCUCAAGACAUUAAGUGCGUGCACGGCAGUGACUUCCAUCUCGAUAAGGAUGUCACUCUGACGAAAAGUACGAGACUGCUGGCCGACGAUCCCAAAAUUGUUGCUGGCAAAUAUGUGCUGCGCGGAGGUGGACAUACCAUAAAAUUCGCCGAUGGCAAAGGAGCGAUCAUUCGUCAUUAUUCCCAUGGCUCUCGACGCAAGACGAUGCCACGCAUUAUUAUCGGUCAUGGCGCAACGCUGAAGAUUGAAAACGUCACCUUCAAUUGUACACGCUCAACAUUGUCAAGGUUUAUCAAAAUGAUGCCCGGCGGUAGUUACUCCCUCGGUAAGAGUGUUUCCUUUGACGAGACCGAAGAAGAGUUGAUACCGGUUCACGAUGGUCUUGUUGAAAGCACACCAGUUAUUGAUGCCGCAACAAAGCGUGCAGAAGAAGGACCAGGGCGAAGAAUGAAGGAAAUUAAAAAGAAACCGCUGUUGGUCGAGGUGGAUGUGUCAUGCGUACAUAUAGUCAUCGGUGAAGAAUUGAGAGCUGAUCAGAUCAACUUGAUGUUUGGAGUCGAUGUGGCAAUAAUUCGGGACGAAGAAUUGAACACGACGGGAACUUAUCAGCUACUUCGUCUUCGUACGAAGGACACUAUGAAACCACCGCUUCUGGAACCAGCAAGCGUGACAAUGCACGUUGUAUCGCGUGAUGGCGGCACCACAACUUGCACGGGGUGUGUGACACCUAUCAAGAUGCAGUUGAGUCCCAACAGGAUUUGUAUCUUGAAGAAUUUCACGGAACGUAUUGAGCGAUCAUUUGCAAUUGCGCCCAUCUUGCAAACCGGCGUGUAUUCGUGUGUCUGGGCAGGACAUGCAACCACUUUAACAAAAAAAGUAACUGAGGCGGGUGUGCUCCGACAAAAUCAAGCCGGUAGCAAUACUUCCUACUCUAUCUGGAGACCCGUUGCUCCACCUGGUUACGCCAUACUAUCUGAUGUCGUGAAGUCUGAAGGAGGAGCUCCUGAAACGCAAGUUUUGAUCGUUCGGGAUGCGCCCGCUCUGUGCACGUUGCCAGAGAGAUUUGAGAAAGUCAAAGGCACCGCAAAUCCUUGCCUGUGGCGCCCGAUCGCACCGACGGGUUUCGUGAGCUUAGGCGAUAUUGCGUCAGUAUCGGAUGCGGAUGAACCGUCGCUGGACGUCGUCCGGUGUAUUCGAGAAGAGCUCGUGACGAACAUCGGUCAAGCGUCUACACUCGCAAACUUUCGCUUGUACGGAGAUUUCAGUCAAUCGAAUACAACGUUGUGGCAAAUGAAUAACAGAGUCCGCGGAUUCGUGGUGGUCUCGAAGUCGAAUAUUCGGCCUUACGCGUACGACAUUCGCUCCCCUCCUGGAUUUCAACGCAAAGUUUCGACGGGAACCAAGGAGAAGAUAAAGCUGCAGGAAAAGGAGUGCGAGUGUGCCACCGCGGUGAAUUUCAAAAAGAUUGGCAUGGCACAAAACGCGAAGUCAACUGUUGGGUUUUGGGAAGUCAUUCCGCCUACGGGUUAUGUAUCCACCGGACACUGCAUGAGUGUGGGCAAACUUCCGCCUUUAAGCAGUAGAGUGUUCGCGGACGAUAAACGUACUUUUCGACAACCAGAGUCAUAUGAAAAAGUUGCUUCAGCGCGUACGUACGGCACCACACAGCGUUUGACAAUUUGGAAACCAGUGCCAUGCGCCGGGUUUGUGAGCGUCGGGUUUGUUGUCACCACUGAAGAUAACGAGCCUUCUGUGAAUGACUCGAUCGUCUGCGUCCGAGCAGAAUUGGUAUCUUACAUGCAUCAAAGGAACUGGACUACAGACAACUCUGUUUGGACAGUUGACGAAAAUGCUACAGACACCACGCACUUCUGGAUCACAAAUGAUCACACGAAAAAUUUCGUUAUGAGUGUUUUGACGACUGGCAUGACGCCCGAUUUCGGCUUUGAUAUCGGCUUCCUAGAAAGCUCUUCGUUAAGGGGGCAAGUACAAAUGCCAAAUUUCAUUAUGAAAUUCGACGUGCCUCUUGUGAGCGUCGGACUCUCAUUUGAAAGAUUGUUUCGCAACCAGAUGCUCUUCUUGCUUCGAUUGGAAAAAACGAAGUUGAGUUGUACGAAAACGUCGAAAUUGAAUCUGUCGUUAGAUUCUUCGCUGUCUCUCCUGCAUAGAAAUACGCGACUGGGAUACAGUCUAGAACCCAUUGUGGCGCCGUGGAAGUUUUCGGUUCUGUUGGAUGACUCAAAAAAUGAUGUUUCGGGCGUGAAUCCCGCGGGGUUGGACAUGUUCAUUGAAAGUAAAAAGAAGAUUGAGAUAAUCGUCAAUCAAGCCUCCAUAGUUGACGCAGUGGAUGCCGUGAUGCAGUUUAAGAAACCACGCGACAAAAACUCAAAAAUUGCACAUUUGUUGGCUUACGAAGCCGUGCAAAACAACGUCAUUGUGAAUUCCACGGGACGCGACUUAUGGGUUCGCGAACUGAAUGGCAAUAUACAAGAAGUACCGCCUGGAAAUAGCAUUUCGCAUUUGGUACAUGCCGCUGAAACCGAAGCAAAUUCUGGAUUCGAGAGUGCAUCAAAUGAGCAGACGAUGCGCGGUAUGACUGACGUCGUUGAUGACAUGAAUCAUCACGGUGACGAACAGCUCAUUAUCGCAUACCUGAUGAUGGAUAUCGUGGCAAUUGACUCGUUGGAUGACUGGCUUUACCCCCGCAUAACUUUCAAGAUUUGGGAUGAGGCUUUGCAGGGUCAUCGUACCGAUCCAUUACCCAUCGGCGUUACGCGCGGCUCAGCAAAGUUACCGAUCCCUCAUCCUUUUUUCCAUCGCGAUAGUGAUAGCGAGUUCAUCAACAAUGACGAUAUCACCAUUAUCGUCGAAAUUUCUCAUAUUGGGCCAAAUGGCGAAACAUUGAGCUUCAGUGGUGACUUUGAAGCUCCAAUCGAACAACAACGCGGUGGAUGGAUUGGCGGUAAAACUGGAAGCUGGAUAGACUGUGCUGCAGGCAAUGGUGACUCCGUGAGAAUUAAGCUGCGCGCUCGAGUGGUGGAAGGUUUGAAUGCGACGCCAGUCACAGAAACGGUAGAGUUGUAUCAACUCUUAAAGAGUCCGCAGAAAACGAUUAUCAAGAGUAAAUUACAAGUUGAAUCACCACCUCUCAUCGUGUGUCGUACGAAUGACAUGGUGAAGCAAUGGUGGACAAGAGAUCAUCAGCAAAGUAAAAGUGCCCUAAGUGCUUGGAAGCCGCACGUCCCAUCGACGUAUGAACUCGAGACGAGAUAUAAGUUUUGUUCGAGUAGAGCUGAAAACGAGUAUAAACUCGUACCUUUUGGGACCAUCCUCUUGCCCGGCCUCAUCGCGCCUCGCAGUGCGCUCAUGGCAGUUGUCUUAGAACAUAAUUCAGAUCAGCGGGCACCGACUGCUUUUCCCUCGGGGUUCGAAAAUAUUUGGACGAGCGAUAAAAAUGAUGUCUCAUUUUGGAAGCCCAUUGCACCAGACGGUUACGUUGCAGUUGGUAACGUGGUUGCGGCGAGCGCCGAAAUGCCUUCCACCGAUUGCGUCGUUUGUGUUCGCGAGGAUUUGACAAAACUUGCAGAAGUGCCUCCGGAUGUUGCAUGGAAAUCGAACAGACGAUUUCGCAAUAAUGAUGAAAGAGAAUUGGCGCUUAUUCAAAACGGCCAACUGAGUACUGGUGGAUGGUCGUUCUUGAAGGAGAAAAUCAAGCGCACGAGUCCAGGCGUGAUUUCGAACGUCAUUCCAUCUAUGCAUAGACUUAAUGACAGGAUGUGCAUUCAUUCUUUGGAUGACGAAGGUAUUCGCGAGUUUUGGAUCGAUAACCGCACUCAUAUAGAUCAUAUAAAGCAAGAAUUACAAGCUGGAGAGUCAAUUCUCGCCAUUUCGUUUUCUCCUUCCGGGCCGUUUGAGCAAGUGCGUCUUAAUCUAGGCGCUUCACACGUUGUUCGUCACAAGACUCACGAUUUAGUCUUUGACAGUCAAAAGGGGCAUCUUUUGAGCUAUGUUUCGUGCGAAAACGAAACAGAUUCUGAUAUAUUCGUUGAUGUUCAUCCAGCUAUGAAGAGAGAACUCACGACUUCUAAUUUGGACAUAUCUCUGAGUGAGAAGUAUGAGUCGCCGAGCGAUGUCGCGGAUAUAGAAGUAUUUGAAUCGGAACGAUAUUACCCGUUGAGAGGAUGGCGUGCUCCAAAAGACGCUAUCGUAAAAGCUCGUUAUAGCAGGCAUAAAAGUGGACGAGGUUCGCAAAAACGGUUUCCAGACGUCAAAGCUCCAAAAGGUUUCAGAUUUGAAGGACCGUGGGAGCUCGACAAACCACCAAAUCUGGUGAAUGACGACGGUUGGGCGUACGGUGCUAUUUGGCUAAGGAAGUGGCCACCGCCUCGUGGAUCAGACAAAAGUAAAGGUCGUGCAACCCGUCGCCGACGAUGGUUUCGUCGUGUCGUUCGAUUGAAAUCAGCUGAAGAAAUUGAAUCGCGCGUUUCCCUUCAUAACAUGAAGCGAGAUUUCAUCGAAGAUUGGCACGGCACGUUGGCGGUACACGGACGUCUUACGCUACCUUCUUGUUCACGAACCGAGUCCUACAUGUUGGCGUUACGCACGGGGGCUGACGUCGCAUCAAUUACCGCUCCGUCGUUUACCGAGAGAGAUGACGCGCUGGAUAUUCGUGACGUGUUAUCAGAGCAAGGCAACUGUGCGCUUGCUUACAACAACCUGCACGAUCACUUUCUUUUGGUCAAAGAAGAAUUGUCGAAUGAUGUGCAAAGUAGCGCGAUAGGUGCUAUUCCAGGCGUCAAGAUUCGUGUCGUUGCCCCUGUUCACGUUGUCUCAUUGAUGGAUUGUCCGUCGCAAGUUGUUUUGUACGCCAAUGGCGAAGAAAGAAUUGCCAUGCAUCUUGCCGCGAACGAAACGAAACGUAUCACGGCGAUCGAUGCAAACUGUGAUACAAUAGAGGUGCUCGUGUCUUUGUUCGAAGAUUAUCUCAGCCUUAGUAACGACAGGCCGCUGCGUCUAGAUGUCACCCCGGCUGGAAGUCCACCGGCGCCACAGGUAAACUGGUUGAACAUCAAAGGCUAUCCGUAUGUGGUUUCUAUGCUGUUGAUGGAGACGUGUAGAACUAGAAUGGCGGGUGAUAAAUUCAACGAUGAUCCUUCGCAGCAUCUCUUGAGUCUGACGUAUCGCAAUGUGCUGAUGGUUACAAAUGCAUCACCGAUCGACAUUAAGUGUUUGGCGUGGGUCGCUGGCACAAGUACGACAAACGCGCACAUAGAUGCAUACGUUGGGGUACCCAAAGGCGAGUCGCAACCUGCCAUGUUUCUGAAAUCGAGUGCGAAAACCCUCGCCAAAGUUUCGAGCAAAGAAUUUGUGCUCGGUUUUUGUAUCGAUUCGUCUCCAGUACUAGUGAAAAUUUCACCAAGUUCUGAGCCCGUGAUGUUUACGCUUAUGACAGCAAGUGGGGACGAACUUGCCUUUCAAUGUUCCGUAGUAUUAUGGGAGGGUCAAAACACCAACGCCGCGACAUGGCCAACGCUUGAAGUUGUUUUACAACCCGUGCUCGUGGCGAUCAACUUGACUCGAAUUCCUCUCGCGAUUCGCUCAAACACUAUGGAACACAAGAUACUCGAGCCAGGUUCAUAUCCCACGCCGUUUUCUUUGGAUAUUAAGUCUUCGAAAAGCGUAGACGAAGUUGAAGCCGUGCUUAAUCAAGCCGCGAUUCAAAUAGCGGAUAUGUCGUGUCAUUCGGAAGGAAAAGAUAUACUUUGGAGUUCGCCGCUGCAGAAUUUGGUGCGCUAUUCUGGAGCGAUGUGGAGCAUCCCACAAGGUGCCUCCCCCUUGGCGGAUGAAAUUAAUGCAUUUAGAAGACUUGGAGGUAUCGACGAGUCUGGCGAAAACGUAAAUUUCAAGGCACCUAUCAUCGUUCAGUUUCUUGUCGAGCGCGGUGAGCACGGUUGCUUCAGGGUCUUUUUUAGGGGGGGCGACGGAGCAUCUCUGCAGAAGGCGCCAAUCAUGAUCAAAAACCAUUUGCACGAACCUUUACUCAUUCGACAAGUGAAAGCGAACGACUUUGAGGACGUAGAAAAGAAGUCGGUGCAAAAGUCCACCGUGCGACUACUGCAAGGUAUUAAGAAAGCCUCACACGGCGUAGGACAGUCUUUUGCAAUUCGCCCGUUCUCAGCGAUAUCUUGGGCGUGGAGCGUCCCAGGUAUUCCUAUGAGAUUGGACAACUUGAAAAAACAGGAGCUCGAGGCAAACGCCGCGGAGCUCGCAUUUCGAAAGCGGAAAUUUUUGGAGAUAUCGAACAAUACAGGGGAUCACGUCAUCAUAGAGAUAAACGCGUUCAGCUCGCGAUUCAAGGGUUUCAUGCACCUCGGCGACAUGCAAUUUGGAGAACUAGGCAAGCGCACGUUACAGGCAACGAUUAUUGGUGAAUGGCGUGACGCAUCGUUCGUGAUCUUCGUGGUUGAUAAAACGAUAACGUUUGACAACUUUUCUUUCACGACUGAAAUGACGAAUCAAGCGAAAGCAUUGACGUUGUACGCGCGGCAGCAAGAAACGCACAUCUCUGUCAAUUUGGCUGGCUUCUCCGUAACAAUCAUCGAUCGCCUCCGCGACUCAUUCGUCGAGUUAUUCCAUCUCACGAUCGACGACGUGAUGAUCAGGCACGGAAUCAACUUAAUCAACAGCAGUUCUGUCUAUAGUUAUCUCAGAAUUGGUGCACUGCAGAUAGAUUUUAGCACGCAUGACGCAAGCUAUCCAGUCUUCGUUUGGCACGACCCGGCGGACGGGCACUUGCUUGAAGCGUACGCUACUUUGAGUAUGAAUUCUCAUAUCGGUGGUGACUCGAUCGAUGUUUAUCACGUCCAACUAACGACAACGAAGAAAGGCCUCGUGAUUCGCGCCGGUGAAGAUCUCGUCUGGACAAUCUUGAACUUUUGCAGACUCCUCCAAACGCAACUUCCACAACGCAACGCUUCAGCAGGUUCCGCCAUCGCGCCACGCGAAACGUUUGUUGGAAAGCAAACCUCACAAGAUAGUUUGCUGAAUAUCGCCACUUUAUACGUGGAACCGACAUCUUUUGUUGUCACGUUUGCUCCAAAUUCCGAUAUCCGACCUGCAGACGCCGACGCUCGGAUGAUCGCCGCGUUGACGUUUGCAAGUUUACAGCGCCUGCAUUUGGUGCUCAACAAAUUUGAUAAAUUCGAUGAGAGCAUACUUCGUUCGAAUUUGAUUCGCGAAUUCCGAAACUAUUUCAAGUCACAAAUGAUAGCGCAAACGCUCAGUGUCAUGACAUCGAUGCACACGCUGACAAACGUUUCCACGGGUCUAGAUGCAGUGAGCAAGGCGGUCGAAACCGGCUUCGGCGUACUCGCGCCUUCUCGUACGGCGCCUUUGGCUCGUUUGCCAUCUUCUGUCGUCGGCCGAGGAAGCAGAAGCGACGGUCAGGGCAACUUUGCGAAAAGUGUAUUCGUUGGUCUGAAACGACUGGGGGGUGGUAUUUCUAAGGGAAUUAUCGGCCUUUUCGUCAGCCCUGUAAAAGGUUGCAUGGAAGGCGGCGUCGUGGGCGGGUGUAAAGGAUGCGCUCGAGGCGUCGCCGACUUGGUAGCUAAACCGACCGCUGGCGCGUUAGCUCUCGCCUCAAAGACGGUCGAAGGCGUAGCCAAUGCCGCUAAAGGCGUACAGACUGCCGCGUGGGACAUCAUCACCACGAAUAAUGUCUCAAAAGCGUGCAUUAAACGCCUCCCCAUCGCCGUGCGAUCGGAUGGCAUCAUUCGAAGAUGGGAUGCGCACGACGCGUUGGGUGUUUAUUGCAUGCGCACAUGCGUCGUGUCCAGUCGAACACUGGGCAUUUCUUACUGUCCGGGCGUGAAAGACUCAUUCUCCUCGAUGCAUGACAUUUUCGGUGAAUAUUUGUUGCUUGUCACCGACAAGCGCGCGUUGUGCGUUCGGACGCCGGAGAUGGACGGGGCCAUGCCGGCGCGCGCGCCGACUUGCGCGUGGUACAUCUCUUGGAGUGAUGUGAGCUCGAUAUGGAUCGAAAACUCUGUGAUCAUAAAGUUGCAGAUGAACGUCACGAGUGAGGGCGACACUUCCAACCUGGGUGCGCAGAAGCGUGAAACCGAAUCUUGUUUUUCGAUUCGCGCUAGAGCCCAAGACGAGGCGGCGAACAUCGAAGCCGCGAUGCGUCAAAGCUGGAACGCCUACCUGGAUACAACAGAAGAAGAAUAGAAUCACAAU